AUUAUAUAGCGCAGGCAGAGCGUUUGGUUUUAUGCAGUUGAUAACUUGGAGUUGCAUUCGACCCACGAUUUGAUCGUCCACAAUUCAUGCUUUCAGACCACAGUGAAUAGACAAAUUUAAAAAUAGUGUGGUUUUAUUUUAGUUGUGUCCUGUGGUGGGGGUGGAUCUGGGAUUUUUUGAUAACUUGUGCUUCCGAUCUGUAUUUAGAAAACCCGGAUUUUCUUUAGUGCUUUGUGCUAAACUAAUUGUCUAAAUAAAUUAAACUGUGAUAAAAAUACUGGAUCUGUUCCGUAGAUCAGAUAUUACAUGCAUGUGUGCAGCAGAAAUUUGUAAUAAAGAAGACUGUUCUCCUGUGUUCCUUUGUACCUAGUCCGAAAUAAUCAUAAACUCGUUCACUAUUUUUAGUCCACUGUCCAAAAAUAUAUAACAAUCAUCACGAUUUAGCACUCCAGGUCGAACCACUGCAAAAAUAAAGUCAGUUAAGCGAACAGUAGCACAAGAGAAGAAGGGAUUUGAUGUUGAUUAGUGAGAUGACCUACUGACUCGCGGGAUGAAUAAUAAUUGUCAGUGAUUGCGUACAUACGUCUUCCAAUCGUAAAGGUUAAGACUCAAGUUUAACAACAACCAGAGUCAAAGGAAGGUCCGCACUCGUCAUGAAUCGUUAAAUGAUUAAAUGCAAAACAGAAUUGAAAAAUUAUCAUUUUAACGCCGCCACACACGAUGAUGCAUUGACAUUGUUCUCAAUCCAUUGAAUAUGAACUUGUGUAAAACGCUGACUUACGUAAUAUUUAAGGAGCCGCUCAGUCAGUGUAGUCCUGAAUGCAGUACUUACGAUUAGCAAUAUGUACCCUUUCACAACACACGCACAUCACAGCAAAUUGAUAUCAGGUGUUGUAACUUCAAUGCCCGAAUGGAAUUUCGCAAUUUCAAAGCUACAAUCCCUACUUUGAUGUUUACUGAGAUGUGAGAGGAAAUUACUGAAAAUGCAACUAUCAAGAAAGUUACAUCGCUGCUCGGUCAGGACGCUGGUCUUCUUGUGCACCUUUCUACUUUGCAUUACAAAUCAUCUUGUAGCAGGAUUUUUUCAAAUUGGAGUGGAAACACUGCAGAAGCCGAAGGCUGGGGAAGCUGUGAAUGUUCAAAUAAUCGUUGCACCACAGUUUGGCCCAGAUGAAUCAAAAGGUUCCAACGGCCAGUCAACUAGUCAAGAUGUUGGUGCAAGCGAAACUGGAGACGAUAAUGACCAAACCGAGUUUGGGCAUGGUCGCCGUCGGGGUAUCUUCAAUAUUCCAUCUCUGGAACUUCCCCGACUUUCACCUGCAACGAUAAACAUUCAAAUUCCAGGCAAACUGCCAUUUAACCCACUCAACAUUUUCAAUGUACAAACACUAAAGAACUUUGUCCAAAGUGUCACUGACAAGUUUAUGAGAAACAAUAAUGACCAGACAUAUGGAACCGGGUUUGAUGACAGUGUUACGAUCAUAUCAGAAGAUCCGGAGAAACCGGUAUCGAAAAACUACGGGUCGUCUGCUGUUAAGAAUCCUACUUCCGAACUACCAAGUCCGAGUAACACGAAUUCUCAAUCAAAUGUGAAACAAGAUCGGUCGGGCAUUGAAAUAAGUCCACCUCAGAGAUAUAGAGACAGCAUGGACACGAGUGACAUUGACCAAUCCACCACGGAUGUGCAUCUCACAGAAGAAUCAAUGAUUGACCAACAGGUGCGGACGCUUAACGAAGUGCUCACCAAUGAAAUGAAUCAUGACAAGGAGCACAAACCAACCUCGCCCUCUCCGCCCAGAUUAUCCUUCCUCCCAGAUUUAAGUGCAUUGGGACAACUCAGACCAACAAUGCCCCACCAGUCGCAACUAUUUAAUUGGGGGGAACACGGCGUGCGUAGUUUGGCAGUGUGCAACGCAUGCAAAGUAGCGUUUGGUCUGUUUGUUAGCCAGGCAAGACAAGGUGCAAACUUGACGAAUCUGAUGGACUUGGCCACCUUUGGUUGCACCUUCUUUCGGAUCACUUCAGCUGAGAUGUGCACUGGACUUGUUUCGAGUUUUGGACCAAUCCUUCACUACAUGGUGAUGCAUAAAUCAUCUCUAAACGGCGACAUUUUUUGCGGAAUUUCGCUCCAGUCCUCUGGUUGUACGACAUCAGAUCCUGAAAUCGACUGGAAAAUUGACUUGAAUCAGUACAAUGGGGUUCCACUGUUACCACAAUUCAAUAACUUUGAAGACUCUGCACAACGUAGAAGAUCCAUCAAUACAUUGCCAACGAAAAUUCCCAAAGGAAUCCGAACGUUAAAAGUGCUUCAUCUCACGGAUAUUCAUAUUGAUCCCAACUACCAAGUUGGUGCAAACUCAGACUGUGAACAUGAACUUUGUUGCCACUUGCAGAAUGGAGAAAGUGCUCCUGGAAAGGGAGCCGGAUUUUACGGAGACUACGGAAAAUGUGACCUUCCCUUUCACUCAUACAUAGACGCCUUGGAGCACAUUUCCAGCACACACCCAGACAUUAAAAUUAUUUAUCUCACCGGGGACUUUGUCCCACACAAUAUUUGGACAACAAGCCCCACAAGCAACAUGGAGAUCUUGGUGAACGCAUCCCAAUACAUUCACGACUAUUUCCCGAGGGCUGUUGUGAUUCCUGUGAUUGGAAAUCAUGAAACGCAUCCCGUCAACAUGUUCGCCCCAUUUGGGGUCCCCUCAGAAUUUUCAACGGAUUGGUUGUACUCCACAGCCGCCAAGGCGUGGACUCAGUGGUUGCCCAAGGAAUCCAUUCACAAUUUCCUUCAUGCAGGAUUUUAUGAUGUAGAGAUUGACCCCUAUUUUAGAGUAAUUGUGCUCAACACUAACUUAUGCUACGGAUAUAAUUUUUGGCAAGCGUUCGAGCACCGAGAUCCGGCUGGUCAAUUACGAUGGCUUGCAAGAGAACUGCAAAAGUCAGAGGAUCUGGGUCAAUUUGUUCACAUUCUCGGACACAUGGCUCCAACUGGGGAAGACUGCUGGAGUGUUUGGGCCCAAAAUUUCUAUGAAAUUAUCAAUAGGUACAGAACAAUAGUCAAAGCUCAGUUUUAUGGACACACCCACUUCGAUGAAUUCAAGCUCUACUACAAUGUGCACAACCGGAGUGAACCAGUGUCCCCAGCGUGGGUGGGAGCUUCUUUGACUCCAUUCGUAGAUCUGAACCCCGGUUACAAAAUUUUUACAAUUGACGGGGCCAGGGGGAAGGAUUCCACGUGGGAUGUUUUGGAACAUGAAACGUGGAUUUAUAACUUGACAGAAGCAAACAUAAAUCCAGCCGUCCCUCCACGUUGGUUCAGAUUGUACAAGGCUACUGAAGCAUUCGAACUACCAGACUUGUCGCCUCAAUCGUUAAACAAUUUUAUUCAAAGAAUGACUUACAAUGCCACUGCCUUCAAUAUUUACUACAGAUUGUAUCAUAAGGACACCGACUCCGCUCUGAUACCCGGGUGUGACGCAAUGUGUCGGAAACGGGUCCUUUGCGGAAUAGUCGCACCUAAUUACGACGAGUAUAAAAUUUGCGUACAACUAAAACCGGAAGUGAAAGGAGUCAUAAUUUCUCCCAGUCUGUUCUCCGUUGGGGCCUCCGCUCCCUUGAAGCGCGCGUCUGCAGAGUCCCCCUUCCAAAGGAUGCUUUCUUUCGGAAAGAGUUUAUUUAAGGCCUUCGGCUAAUGCAGAAACUUUAGGUUAUUCUGUGAACAUGAGUCAUCAUGAGUGAGAGAGACAUUUACGUAUUGCUAUUUAUCACCCAGCGUGAUGUGUGUGUGUUUGUGUGUCGUAACUGCAAGUAUUUAUGUGAUAACUCAUUUGUUUGAAAAUGCAGUGCGAGUAAAAAAAAAUAGAUUUAACCAAUGCCAUAUUGUGAUAUUUGUAAACUUUGUAUCGUCUGAUGUAUGAAUACUUAGAAUUGAUUUUAAUCCACGUCUUACUUCCAUACUCAUGAGAUAUAAUGUCAUCUCAUGCAUGCGCACAUAUUUAAAUAUGUGCAACUGUACUUAGGAAAUAAGUAAGUUUGUAGUACCUACAAGGCCUCCACCUUAGGUAUCGGGGGUCUUCGUGGGGUAUUUAUUUAGGUUUUUUUACUAUUUUGACCCUGUAGUGCAAAUCACAAUUAAAGAUUGAGAUAUUUAGUUACUGAUAUUGCUAGUUAUCCUUGUUAAGUUUUGUACUACUCUAAGUACAUAUGUGACCACCUAAAACAUGUUAAAAUUAACGCAAACUCUAAUUGUAAGUACUCAUAUGCAGAAAAAUACAGAAUCAAUCUGUACAUAUCUGUUUCCAUUUGUUAAUUUUCCAUUCACUUAAUUAAUUCAAAACUCGCUUUAUAUUUGUGUAUAAGGCGACAACACGACUUUAUAUUGAUGAACCGUAUCAUGAUUUAUUUACUGUUGAAUAAAUGCUUUCACUUUUAAGUUGCAUUACAACUUGAC